GAAUUGUGCUUCAGUGCUGUGUCAAAGGUCAAAUAUUUUCCCCAUUGUUAGUUUCAAUUGUUCUGCUCUAGUACAGGUUUGGUCUCAUUGUUGGAAACUGUGACCCAUUUUGUUAUUAUGAGGGGAAUGGGGUUACCAUGGUUUCAGUACUUUGAAAGCGUUGUAUCGUAUUAGGCCGUUUUUUACACUUUCGCCUGUUUCUAAAUACUACUUUAUCUUUUGAAGAUAGCCGACGAUGACUAGUGACAUCAGCUGGGAAAAAUGAGAAUCGUGAUGAAGUUCGGAUGUGUGUGUGUAUUGGUGUCAGAUUAUGUUGAAGGUGUCUUCACUUAUGCUGAUAAGUAGGCACCUUUCAUUUCCAAGGCUAAGAAAUUCCUUUCUGGUGAUCUGAUUUCACUGCUGUUUUCGUGUUUCACAAUAGAUCGCAAAAUGGUAUUAACACAAAUUACAAACUGAUUGAAAUUGUGAAUAUUGCUGAGCGUUGAUGAAAAGCGGUCCCAGCGUAAUUGUAUUGUAUUGUUUAAGCGGUAUCUGUCUGUGAUUCUGCGAAACGUAAAAAUAUCCGCAGGUUUAUGAAAUAUUGACGGUGGUGUAAGAAAACCAAUAACUUGACAGUUAUAUAUCGGAACUAUAUAGUUAAUCGCACAGUAUUAAUGAAAAAUGGCAUCCAACAGCGAAGUGUUGGAGAGCUCAAUAAAAUCCAAGAGACCUUCUGACAGUGCAUUUAAGCAACAGCGGUUACCAGCAUGGCAACCAAUCUUAACAGCUGGCACAGUUUUACCAACAUUCUUUGUGAUUGGUAUUGCAUUCAUUCCUGUUGGCAUUGGUCUCCUAUAUUUCUCUGAUGAGGUAAAGGAACUGAUGAUAGACUACACAGAUUGCAAGAAUCAGAAUGAUGUGCGGUGUAGUGAAGUGAUCAGCCAGAACAAAGAUGCAACAUGCAAUUGUACAAUACCAUUUGAGCUGGAACAUGACUUCAAGGGUAAAGUUUACAUGUACUAUGGACUGACAAACUUCUACCAGAACCAUCGGCGAUAUGUCAAAUCACGGGAUGAUAAUCAGCUGCUUGGCCGCCUUGAUUCUGAGCCGUCAUCAGACUGUGCACCAUUUGAUGUAAAUGACAAGAGGGAACCUAUUGCACCUUGUGGAGCUAUUGCCAACUCUUUGUUCAGCGAUGAACUAAGUAUUGAAUUCCUUGAAAGUAAGAAUAAGAAGACAGCAGUACCAUUACUGAAAACAGGCAUUGCAUGGCCAUCUGACAAAGAGAUAAAAUUCCGAAACCCUCCUGGAAACAGUCUAUCCCAAGCUUUCAAGGGAUAUGCAAAGCCAGACUCUUGGAAGAAGAAUGUUUGGGAGCUGGAUCCAAACAACACAGAUAACAAUGGCUUCCAGAAUGAGGAUCUAAUUGUAUGGAUGCGAACGGCUGCUUUGCCAACUUUUCGAAAGCUAUACCGUCGGGUUGAUCACAGCAUACCUGGCUUCUCAGAUGGUCUUCUUAAGGGAAACUACACACUCUUUGUCGAUUAUUCUUAUAUGGUGACCAAGUUUGAAGGCACAAAGAGGAUGAUAUUAUCUACAACAUCCCUAUUGGGUGGCAAGAACCCUUUCCUUGGUAUUGCAUACAUAGUAGUAGGCUGUGUCUGCCUACUGCUCGGCAUAGUUUUCCUGUUUAUACACGUCAAAUGUGGCAAGAGCACCACAGAGAUGAUCAACGUGAAUCCUCGCACCCCUUAUCAAUAGUUUUGUCAGCGGACACCAGGGCAUUCUGACUGAGUCAUCAUUAUUAAUAAUAAAUAUCAGCUGCAGAAUUAACAUGAGAUUCAAGUUGAAGAUCAGGCUCUCCUGAGUAAAAUGGAAAACCCCUAAAGUGGUCUCAGUAUAUUGAACUUAUUUAUUACCUUGUCUUAUUCAUACAGGAAACUAAUUUCUUUCUCUGUUUUGUUAAUUUACAAAUAACCUCCAACUAUAAAAAAUGAACAGGGCAAGUACACAGAUUUUAUGCCUUCUGUUAAUCACCAGACCUUGUGCAGGAAAGAAAAUUAGCAUAACUCUUCCCAGAUAAUUGUAAAUGAAUAAUCCUUCAUGAUGUGUUCACAACAUGAAUAGCAGCAUAGAAACUAUUAAUGCAUAAGUGACCUAGAACACCACAUUUAUAUAAGAAAUUCUUACUGUUUAGUGCAGUUCUGUGGUAUAGAUAAUCCUGAAAGGUAGUAAAUAACAGUUUUAAUGUAGGAAAGUUAGACUGAACUGUAUAAACUGAAAUUUAUGAUGGAAGAUACUUGACAACUUUGGAAAAACCAGCGUAAAUACAUGUAAACACCAAAGAGAAAUACAUAUAUUGAGAAGUGCAUUUUUCUAUAAUGUUAGGAAAGGUAAAAAUUGGUGGAACCAUAAGACUGUAAUGUUUUCAGAGAAAAAAUUCAUUUCAGAGUCAAUUCAAGAUUUCCUCAUACCAAUACUUGUUACAUUUGAUGUAUGAAUAAUUUAAAACUACAAUAAAAUGAUAAUGUACUUGGUUUUGGGGCCAAAUUAUCACUGAUCAUAAA